GAGUUAGAUACUCAUGUACAUAUUAGCAUUAUAUCACGAGCUCUCAAAUCUUUAGGAUUUACAGUAAAAUUAGCACGUAUAAUCCCACAAGCAAGAAAUACAGAAGAUGCAAUUAAAUACACGAGCAGAAUGGGCUCACACUUUUUAGAACAACAGCUGACGAUGCCAAAUUCUAAAAUUAUUUACAUUCAUAAAAUCUGUACAGUGGCUGCAGCAAUAUCGAUUGAUGGUCUUUUACAUUUUAGGUCCAAAGUUGGAGCCUAUAAUUCUGAUACAUUUAUUGAAUUUUUAAAUGAAGUCCGUGAUGUACUGCAAAGACAAAAUAACGAAUUAUGA